UGUGUAAGCCACACCGACCCUUAGUAGAAUGAGAAUCCCUGACUGUGGGCUUUGGAGGCGGGUUAUCCGGGGAUAUUGUCUUUGGAGUUGAACCUUGUUCUACAAACGCUCUCCCCAGUGCAUGCUCUCCAACAGCGACACCGCGAAGCCCCAAAGGGAAGGCUUGCUUUAUUUGACUUUCCCUUCUCAUUCGACGACAGCUUUCCAAGACUGCUAUGACGUCUCGCAGGUGGUUCCACCCCAACAUCACCGGCAUCGAGGCAGAGCAGCUCCUCUUGACCCGAGGGGUCCAUGGCAGUUUCCUAGCCCGGCCGAGCAAGAGCAACCCGGGAGAUUUUACUCUCUCUAUCAGGCGGAACAAUGAGGUCACCCACAUUAAGAUCCAGAAUUCAGGGGACUACUACGACCUGUAUGGAGGGGAGAAGUUUGCCACGCUGGCAGAGCUGGUGCAGUACUACACAGAGCAGCACGACCUUCUCAGAGAGAGGAACGGAGACGUCAUCGAGCUCAAGUACCCACUCAACUGUAAGGACCCAACCUCCGAGAGGUGGUACCACGGGCACCUCUCUGGGCGCGACGCUGAGAAGCUGCUCAUGGACAAGGGCAAGCCUGGCAGUUUCCUGGUACGGGAGAGCCAGAGCAAACCAGGUGACUUUGUGCUCUCUGUCCUCACCAACGAGGAGAAGCACGAGAACGUAGACCGCAAGACCAAGGUCACCCAUGUCAUGAUUCGCUACCAGCAGGAUGGGAAGUAUGACGUAGGUGGAGGAGAGAGGUUUGACACGCUGGCUGACCUGGUGGAUCACUACAAGAAGAACCCCAUGGUGGAGAAGAGUGGAAUUGUAGUUCACCUCAAACAGCCCUUCAAUGCCACCAGGAUAAAUGCAGCCAACAUUGAGAACAGGGUGAAGGAACUAAACAAAGUGGCAGACAACUCAGAGAAGCCCAAACAGGGAUUCUGGGAAGAGUUUGAGGUGCUACAGCAGCAGGAGUGUAAGCUCCUCUACCCCAGGAAAGAAGGGCAGAGAGCAGAGAACAAGAUUAAAAACAGAUACAAGAACAUCCUCCCUUUUGACACCACACGGGUGGAGAUCAGGGAAGCAGACACAGAUGUGCCUGGCUCCGACUACAUCAACGCCAACUACAUCAGAGUGAGUUCUGGAAGUAGUAUGCAUGAAGAGGGCCGCCAUGUGGAGGAGGGCAAGGUGUUCAUCGCCACCCAGGGCUGCCUUCAGAACACGGUGGUGGACUUCUGGAAGAUGGUCUACCAGGAAAACACACACGUCAUUGUCAUGACCACCAAGGAGAUGGAGAGAGGACGGAACAAGUGUGUGCGUUACUGGCCCGACCUCAACGCCACUAAGGAGUUUGGGAAAGUGAGUGUGAAGAACGUGGAGGAGUGUCCGGCUCAGGACUACAUCCUAAGGGAAUUGGAGGUGACGCGUUUGGACAGGAGGGAGCUGGUGCGGUACAUCUGGCACUACCAGUAUCUGAGCUGGCCUGAUCAUGGCGUGCCCAACGAGCCUGGGGGAGUGCUCAGCUUCCUGGAGCAGGUCAACCGCACGCAGAGCGCCAUUCCAGACACCGGACCAAUUGUGGUCCACUGCAGUGCAGGAAUUGGGAGAACAGGCACCAUAAUUGUCAUUGACAUUCUCAUUGACAUCAUCAACAGACAAGGAUUAGACUGUGACAUCGACAUCCCUAAGACCAUCCAGAGGGUUCGUCAGCAGCGGUCAGGCAUGGUGCAGACGGAGGCCCAGUAUAAGUUCAUUUACAUGGCCGUCCAGCAGUACAUUGAUACGGCACAGAAGAGACUGGAGGAGGAACAGAGGAACAAAACGAAGGAGAGGGAGUACUCCAAUAUCAAAUACCCCCAGAUGACCAACGCCCGGUCAAAACCCAACAUGACCUGUGUGUCACGCUCCUCCUCUGUAGUGACGGAUGAUGACCCGUCCAGCGUGUAUGAGAACUUAAACAUCAAGAACCCAAAGACCUCCGGGAGCAGCAGUAAAACCAGGAGGUGAAGUCCAGCCACGGACCUCUGCCUCUCUCAACCUCUCUUUUCAACAGAGGUGCCUCUUCGCCAGCGCCUGAUUCAUGGGGGGCCUGUGGAGCUCUAGCCCCGGACCCCCUGGCGGUGGACCCUACCUGGGGUGAAGGUGGAGGUCCUGACCCCUCCUAGUCUCUCCCCUUCUGCUGCCCGGAUGUCAACCUGUCUGGAGCAUCCCCCUCCACGGAGAGAGGGGUGUAGCGCAGGGCUCUUGUCCCUCUAUCUUCAUCCCCCAUCCCCUCUCUAUCUCUCUCUAUGACCUCCACAUGACUUCAUGUCUCUUCUACAGGCUCUACCGUUUACUGACAGUGCCUUGUCUACAGACAUGUCUGUAACCCCCUUCCUCCUCCCACAGUUGUUCCAUCUCACCACCCAAACCCCCUAUCUAUCAACCAUCCCACCAGCCCAACAAAUGUCCUUUGCUUAUUCCUGUUGACUCAAACUAAAUUGAGAAAAAAACCAUUGUGUACUCUUGUGCGAUAUCAAUGUUUAAGUGAUGUUUUUCUCUGUCGUGUUCCGUCGUGAGGUGGAUGGGACAAGAAAGAUUUUGAGAAGAUUUCUCUUCUCGCUCUCAGAAUUUGCUCCUCUCUCUCUCUCUCUCUCUCUCUCUCUCUCUCUGCUGGCUCUCAACUACUUGAAUCAAAGACUUCAGCAAUGUUCUAUUCUUGCUAGCAGCAGUCAUUACUGCAGUGUUGAGCGAUUUUACCACGUGAGGCACUGGCGCAGACAAGCUUACUCAACCCUCUCUCAUACCUUCAUUUUGAAAGUCGAGGAAAGUCAGGGUAUUCGCAAUGGCCCUUUGUCAGUGAGUUGGGGUAAAAAAAUAAAAACAAAUACCCCAACUCACUGACAAAGGGAUUUUCCAUUUGCCACAAAGAUAUUUUCCAUUUCUGUACAGGGAAGUAUUUCUUCAAUAUAGUUUGAGAUGUCCCACCAAUGAUCCUCUUGUGCCAAUAGAAGACGUGCAUGCUCAACUACUUUGGUGAUUCCACCAUUACAGUUGCUGAGCGCCUAUUCAGUCAAUAUAAACAAGCUCCUCUCCAGACUUACUCAUGAAAUGUUUCUAUUUAUUUAGUUUGAAUCUGUGUCCUUGGACAUGGAUUCUUGUUUAUUUUUUGUUAUUUUAUUGUUAUUAUUGGUGUGAUUUUGUAAUGAAAAAGCGGUGCGGUAUUGCCUCCAAAGGAAGAAAGACCCAAUUCCAUUGUUAUGAAUUGACAAAAAAAGCACAAUUUUCUGCCCUGCACUUGCUCUGCAGAUCCUGGUUUAUAAGCAGGAAAUUAACAUUGUUUGAGGUCAACGUUGGCCUCAGAGAAAGUCUGCAAAGGUUUUCAUCCUAAUCGAAUGGCAUAACAAACAGGGUUAAACAUCUGCCAAGCGAGAGAUAGGAGAAGAUGGGAGAGGACAGGAGAUGAGUCAAGAUGCUAGCCUGGCUCACUGACGUGGGCUGCUAUCGCUGAAGUCUUUAGCCAAACAUUACUGGGCCAGAUGGCCUACAGCCCAAGAAUAAAUCAUAUUUAUCUCCAAAAAGCAAUCUACAAGAUGUCUAUAAUCCAGGCUUGACGAUGGUGGGAGUAAAAACCGACGUUACAGAUGUCAUAAGGAGGGAGGCGCCGCACAGCAAAGAGCCUUCUGUAAUAUAUUUUUAAAUAUACAUGUACGUCAUGGGCAGUGGCUUCUUUCUGACAGACAUCAUGCUAACUAUUCUUAGCAUUUUGCAUAAAAAUCUAAUGUUGAAGAUGUUCACACUGGAUUUAGCCAGCGGCACAAUGAUGUCAUCCUUUUGAACAAGCCGGUUGUUUGGCGACAUAGAGGUUGUGUUACCUGCUGUGUGAGUCGGGCUGUACUUGUACAUGGUUCAGGCCUUUUAAACUAAGGCUUGGUAGCACAUCUGAGGGACGCAUUUGCUACAUUGUCUCUUGCUCGUCCUAACACCAAUGCAGUAACUUUCAGUAAUACUGAAAGUAUGGAUUUUCAGUAUUUCCCUUUUAGCCGAAAUGUCUGUAUUUCAGAAAGCUAAAUCAGUCCUAAUAGGAUAUGUCAUUCUCAAUAUUGUUUUCAUGCUACAUUGAGCUCCAAAAGUAUUGGGACAGUGUCACAUUAUUUGUUGUAUUGGCUCUCUACACCAGCACUUUUUACCAUGAUUACGAAUAGUCCUGAAUGAAUCGUGAAUAAUGAUAAGUGAGAAAGUUAGACACACAAAUAUCAUAAUCCCCCAGAAUGCUAACCUCCCCUGUUAUUGUCAUGGUGAGAGCUUAGCAUGUUUGUGCGUUUAACUUACUGACUCAUCAUUAUUCACAAUUCAUUCAGGACUAUCCACAAUCAUGGUAGCAUCCACAUUCAUGUAGCAGUUUUUUUAGAAACAUUCUAUUCUUAUUUACAAUAAAAGUGACAGAAUGCAUUAUUUACCAUUCAUUUCUUUUGGGCACAAAAUAAUCUGAAACAGCCAAAACAAACAGCAAAUGCAUCUAACAAGUUUGUAGAGUCACAAGCUUGGUGUAAUCAUUGCAUGCUAGGAAUAUGGGACCAAAUAGUAAACUUUUGACAAUUUUAAUACACAUAUAAGUGAAUUUGGCCCAAUAUUUUUGAUCCCCUAAAAUGGGGAGGACAAAAAGUGAUGUAAUUUCUAAAUGAAGUCUGCACUUUAACCUCAUAUAUAAUUUCAGAUGUGAAGCGCUGGAGUGCAGAGUCCAAACAACAUCAAAUGUGUCACUGUCCCAGCUCACUGUAUAUUCUGAAAUCACUGGUAGCUGUAGCGAUUUUGAAAUGAAGUUGUAUGCUAUUCUGAAGUGAUCACUGAACAUUUUGUGCAAUUAUCUCUCUCCGUCGUUCAACUGCCUGCCUAACUCCUAAUCUUGCCCAAUGAAUGAAAAGUGCAUUUUUUGCUUUCUGUUUUCUUAAUUAUGUUGCACUGAUGAUCAUGAUGAUGAUGAUGUUGAUGAUUUUGUAUUGUAUUUCACUUUGCCUCUAUGGGUCCAAACUUUUUGUUAUGUGGUGAGAAAUUGAGGGGCGAAUCCUAACUUCUACUUAUGAGAAAUGUUCACUGAGUGAAAACUUUAAAUUAGACCCAAACACAGUACUUGAAAUUCUGUUUGAGGCUUCUGAGUCCUUUAGCUGAGGGCUUGUGAUCUGUGACUGUCAGGAUGGCCAUUGGCUGUUUAAAGAGUACAGUAUGAUGAUAGUCUGCUCGACGUAGACGCCGUCAGUGUUGUAAGUUCUUUUCAUUUCCUAUUUUCUUUUGAAGCAUUUUGUUUUUUAUAAGAUUAUUAUUAUUAUUUGUGUGUCUAUUUGGUGUUAUUACACCAUUGAUAAUAACAUCAUGUUUAUGAAUUAUAAGCUAAACCGGUGUUCUUGGAGGUAUACAGUAAUUAUAUCAGUUAUUUUAUAUCUUUAAAUUUACUUGAAUAUGAUGUUGACAUAGUAAAAAAAGAAAUACUUGUCCUUUGUUGGUUGCAAUAUGCCUGAUUUGAGUAGUGGUAUACUGACUGUUCCUGUGUUUGGAUGAAGACUGUUUCCCCCCUCUUGCACUGACUCAGCCCAAACGCCUUCUGUCCAGGCAUAUAGCGCUGAUGCAAUGAGAUGGUCAGAAAUAACAACAUCAUUAAAUAUUUAAUAGUUUAAUAAAAAUGUAUGAAGGAAAUAUGAUCUCCGCUCAUUCCUGUCUCUAUGUAAUGAUAGUUUAGUGCCUUCUUGAGUGCUGUAGUAAUGUGAUUAGCUGAUGUCCGUGGACAGUUAGCACGAAAUUGACUUUAUAAGCAGGGAAAUGUGAGGUGAUUUUCUUCUGCAAGAAAUGUGUUAUUUCUUAGGUAAAAGCUAAAGACCAAAUAAUGCAACUAUUUUCUUAUGUCAUAUUUAGUUAGCUGUACUCAGUUAUACUCCUCUUUUGUUGUUAUGCUCUUGUGUGCUGUAAUGUGACUUGCCAAUCAAUGUCCAUGCCUUUCAUAAAACCGUAUAUUUUCCUUUCAGGAGGAAGAAAUGCAUUAUUUUAGGAGGAAAUAAACUAAAGCACUUAUAUCUUAUAACUUUGCAUAUCUGUCUAACAGGGUAAUAAAAGUCUCUCUAUCGCUUUUUUAUUGCAUUCUAAAGUAGCUGUUUAUCAG